AUGCCAAACCGGAAACUUAAACCUACAAAGCGGUCGGAAGAUGCACCAAAGACAGAAACCCCAAAGGCUUCGGAGGCUGGGCCUUCCGCUGAUACAAGUAACAAUGAUGGUUUUCAGUAUGACAAACCCCUCCCCCCUGUCACCGGAAAGGCGACUAUAGUUGAUGCAAGAAGUCCGGACUACGCCAAGCUUAUCAAACCUACAAUCGUAACAACUGGCACAAAACGCCCUCCCUACAAGUCAAAGACCGCCGCAAGACAGGCAAAUGCGGACAAGGCACGUACUGAAGCGACGCUUGCUGAAAAGGCGAAAGGUGGGCAGCCUGAUUUCGCAAAGGCCGUGGAGGCCUCACAGGAGCCCCCCACUGAUGGCACUUCUUCUCCGAAACCCCAGCCACCUUCCGCUACCGAACCGGAUGGAAAACAGCUGGAGAGCAACCUCCUGAAACCUACCGAUAUUGGCACUGCGAAAACUGACACAAGUAAGGAUCUGCGUUACAGUGUAGGGAUCACAUCGGGGACGCUACCGAGCCGGGGAGUGUUGACGUCAGCUCCGACCCAGCCGAAAGAGGCCGAGAAAUCUGCCCCAACCCCUGGGACCCCUCUGCCACCCUUACCGUCACCCGUAUCCGUUCGGAUCCCCUCGGGCAGGGAACAAGCAUUUGCAGCUAAGCUGAAAGAUCUCAAUAUUGGACAGUCAGGAUUCAUUACCUUUCCCGAGUUUUUACAGCUCUGUCCGCGUGUGGGUCUAGAAGAAGAGUCUUACAAGGCA